AUGGAGGAAGCAAAUCAGUCUGUAGUGUCUGAGUUCAUUUUUCGUGGACUUUGUGAUUCAAGGGAGCUCCAGACCUUCCUCUUACUGCCUUUUUCUAUGCUCUACCUGCUGACUGUUGUGGGCAACCUCCUUGUCAUGCUCUUAUUCAUCACGGAUCCUCAUCUCCAUUCUCCAAUGUACUUCCUCUUAGCCAACCUCUCAUUUGUGGACUUCUGCCUUUCCUCAGUAACUACCCCUAAACUGACCACAGACUUCCUAAAGGAUAAUAAGACCAUCUCCUUUGGCAGCUGCAUGACCCAGAUCUUCGGUGUGCAUUUUUUUGCAGGGGGAGAGAUGGUACUGCUGGUGACAAUGGCCUAUGAUCGUUAUGUGGCCAUCUGCAAGCCACUCCAUUACUCUAGCAUCAUGGACAGACAGUGCAUCUGGCUAGUUUUGAUAUCAUGGAUCAUUGGCUUUGUGCAUGCCAUGAGCCAACUAGCCAUGAUUUUAGAGCUGCCCUUCUGUGGACCCAGAAUAGUGAACAGUUUUUUCUGUGAUAUCCCUUUGGUGAUUAAACUGGCCUGCAUGGAUACAUAUACUCUGGGAAUGUUGAUAAAUGCUGACAGCGGGAUCUUGGCAACAACUUGCUUCAUUCUCUUACUGAUCUCCUACACCUAUAUCCUAGUGACUGUUCGCCUUCACUCUAAGGAUGGAGCAUCAAAGGCACUCUCUACCUGUACUUCCCACAUCACAGUGGUGCUGCUAUUCUUUGGACCCUGCAUCUUCAUCUAUCUGUGGCCACUCAACAUUACUUGGGUGGACAAGUUUCUGGCUGUGUUUUACACAGUAAUCACACCUCUCCUGAAUCCAGCCAUUUAUACACUGAGAAAUAAAGAGAUUAGGAAUGCCAUAAAGAGACUGACAAAUCAGCAUAUGGAUUCACAGGAUAAUUUUUAG